AUGAUGAAGAAGAUCUUUAUUCAGAUCACUGUUUCUUGUCUUCUGAUGGCCAUGAUUGUGAUGGUUUCGGCUCAGGAAAACCAUGACGGUCAUGAUCACCACGAAGGCGAUGGCCACGACCACGACCACGCAUCGGCACCUGGACCUUCGAAACCAAAUUCCGCCGUCAUUGUUGCCGCCGAUAUGUUCACCGGUUUGGUUGCAACCACUGUUGCUCUGUUAGCUGUGUUGGCAUUGAUGCUUGCCACGGUCUCGGCUCAAUACGAUAACGACAAAGACUACGCAAAGACACCAAACUCCGCCGUCAUAGCUGCCGCUGAUAUUUUCACCGGCUUGGCCGUAGCCACCGUGGCUCUCGUGGCCGGUUUCAUCUAUUGA